AUGUCGAGAGAGAUUGAGUUGACGAGGAUGAUGGUGGUGAUGAUGUCGGUGAUGGAUUGUUGGCAGGAGGAGGAGGGAGAAGGCCACAGAGACACGAAACAAGGGUACGGCAGAAAAAGUUGCGGUGGAGGAUGGCGGUAUGGUAUGGUACGGUACAACGAUGUAUUUUACGAGGCGGUUGUGUGUUGUACUGUACCGGCGCACCGCCCCAGAGCGGAGAAGGGCGGCAAAAACUUUGUUCGACGAGCGUUUCGCGAUGGGGCGCUUGACGGGAGAGCGACACGAAGCAAUUUCUCCCUGACCCACCCAGAUGACAGGCCAGAGAGUAGCCAGAGCAGCAAGCCCAGAGGUGGAUUCUCUUGAUCAAUUUCCAGCAAGGGGUAGUGUCAACGAGAAACGAAAGUUUGGUCCUCGGGUGGAUGCGCUCGGACAUGGUCCCUGUAGUCGGAGAUAUCGCCCCAGGGCGACUUUGAAGUUGAGUGCAAACAACCAGGAUUCACCUGGUGGUGUAAUCUUUGGCGAAAUGGCAGAGAAAAAUAACAGUGGAAAAUCAAACACAAAUGGAAUGAGCAGUUCAUGAUCAAGGAAACAAAAAUACUAACCAAAGUCCUUUCAAAGAUUUUCAAAGCUCUACGAGUCCGGGACGGGUCCUCCAUUAAGGGUGAGAGGGCUUCGAGUAGAUCGUAGUGGAAAGCUAUUUUUGAUGAAAACGACCUAAUACUCAGACAGUAUAUGGGGAAGUGGUCAUCGAGCGACAAGAUAAGGAAGAAGAGCGUGAGAUCGUGUGGUGAUAAGGCUUUGGCUAUGCCGUUGAAUAUGUAUCAGGAGAGCCGUGACGGAAGUUGACGAUGUUGACGGGUUCAAGUUGACAGACGCGGAAAACACUCGAUAAAUGAGAUCGGCAGGCAGCGAGGAAAAUUCCUUUCAACAAGGCUCUGCGCGAUAUAAGUGGUGCCUGCGCUUCCGCAGCGACGAAUCACGCAGGAAAAGCUCAGGUCAGACUCGAACAAUCGGGAUUAAAGCAAGGGGCUUUAAUCGGGGCGAGGGUGACGGGCAUUUAUGGACUACGAGGACGGUGUCCUGCAUCUCCUAUUUGAUAUGUGAUGACG